AUGGCAAACGCGACGUUUCCGGACCUCCCUGGUCUCCCUCCCUAUACUCUGAAACCCCGCCCCUCUAUGAUCCCGGGCAUAUCAGAUCCACUCCUUCAGCUCCUCGCUCCUAUCAUUGCCUAUUGGGUUGUCUCACUGUUCUUCCACAUCUUGGAUACCUAUGACCUGUGUUCGCAGUACAGGUUGCACACUCCAGCUGAAGUCCUCAAACGCAAUCAUGUUACCAGAUUCGAAGUCCUUCGGGACGUGAUUAUCCAGCAAAUAGUCCAGACGGUGUUUGGAUUGAUAAUCGCUUCCUUUGACCCUGUUGAGACGAUCGGUAAAGAGGAUUAUGAUAUUGCUGUCUGGGCACAGCGCCUGCGUCUCGCCGAAAGAUAUAUUCCAACAUUGCUCGGUUUCAUUGGUCUAGAUGCUAUGUCUCUUGGUCGAAAACUUCAACCCGACUAUCCUCAACUCGCAGGCGCUUUGGUGGGAGGGAUCUAUUCCACACCAUCUUUCGCAUCGUGGGAAAUGACGACCGCGAAGUCGAUUUAUUGGGUUGGCAUUCCUUUGAUCCAAUUUGCCGUGGCGACUCUGAUCGUAGACACAUGGCAAUAUUUCCUUCAUCGAGCCAUGCACAUGAACAAAUUUCUUUACACCACCUUCCAUUCUCGGCACCAUCGUUUGUAUGUUCCAUACGCGUAUGGAGCGCUCUACAACCAUCCUCUGGAAGGCUUCAUGCUUGACACGCUUGGGACGGGAGUGGCCUACUUGACAACCGGGAUGACCAUUAGACAAGGCAUGUGGUUUUUCACCAUCUCGUCAAUCAAGACGGUUGACGACCAUUGUGGAUAUGCUUUUCCAUGGGAUCCUCUGCAACACAUUACCUCGAAUAACGCGGCUUAUCACGACGUGCACCAUCAGAGUUGGGGCAUCAAGACUAACUUUUCACAACCAUUCUUCACAUUCUGGGACCGCCUUCUUAAUACCGCAUGGACCGGUGGUGAUGUGUCAGCCCGUUACCAACGCGAUAGGAUUGCGGCCCAGAAGAAAGUGGACGCAGAUGCUGCUGCUGCUGCAGCUAACAUUGUCAACUCGCCAAUCAUUGACAAGGGUCAUGCAGAGCAUCAAGCUCAGUCAAGUCAGAGGCAGGUCCUUGACGACAAAGAAAAUGCUGGACCUCAAGCACUCGAGGAGGAAGCAAGGGAAGAACAGGAAGUCAAACAAGCCUUGCGGAGAAGCACCAGACGCAAGAGUGGUUUCGAUGCCAAGUCAAUAUCGGAUCGCGUCGCAGGGAUUCAUAGCAGAAGUCCGGCAAUCCUACACGCGGACGGGAUGCAUUGA